GUUCGCUUGUUUUGAGCUAGAUAGAUAUAGAUUAGGCAGAACGCAAACGAAUGACCUUUCUAACUAAUCUACAGUCCAUCCUGUAAUAAUCUCCGUUUCAACACCAAACACCAAGCGAAACCUGAAUUAAGCCUCUUCUUCUUCAUCGAAUCGAAACAACCUCGUCCGUGCUAAGGAAACUCAACGACAGAGACUGCAACAAUGUACGUAGAUCACGCGUUCUCGAUUUCGGACGAGGAUAUCAUGAUGGGAACCUCGUACACCGUCAACAACAAACCCCCCAUCAAGGAGAUUGCCCUCGCCGUUUCCCUCCUCGUUUGCGGCGUCCUCGGCAUCGUCAUCGGUUCUCUCAUGGCCUACAACCACGUCGGCGGCGACACUGCUCACGGGAUCUUCUUUGCAGUACUGGGAUUUAUCUUGUUCAUACCGGGUUUCUACUACACGCGGAUUGCGUAUUAUGCUUACAAGGGAUACAAAGGGUUCUCUUUCUCAAACAUACCACCCGUGUAGCUGUACUAGCUAGCCAUGUCUCAUAAUUUAGGUUCACAUAGCUUCCUCAUGUACAGAUAUUCCAUGGUUGUACUCUAUGUUCUUUCUUUCUUUCUUUCUUGUGUUGUAUUGUGUGUGUUUUGUCUGACAAAUGAUGAGUGUUUAGAUUGUAGUUUGUAAUUGCUAUAUAUGAUAUACUGCCACUUUCUAUGCUUGAUUUUUUUUUCUCCAGUGUCAA